AUGGAGUCAGAAGCAGCGACCCAUUCAGCAGGUACAGCCAGCAGCAGCAGACCGUCUGCGGACCCAUUGCUGCCCGUGCUGCCCAUUCUGGACCCCACUGUGCCCCUGGACAGGCAGCAAUGUGUCCUGAAGGCAACCAAAGAGGCCAGGGCCUGUCACAGGCCCAAAGGCUUCCAAGCCAGCGCCGGUCCCAAGGACCUUCAGACGGCUUGUGAUGAAGCAAAAAGGAGAUGCUGGCUCGUCACUACUACCAGGCCCUCAAUGAAGCUCUACCUUGGCCAGCUGGUUAUUCCCUUUGGGAAAUAUGCUGGCCAAAGCUUCAUGUGGCUGGUAGCGAAUGAUGUGGGCUACGUAAAAUAUCUGCUUGACCGCCAUGUUGCGGAGAGCCGGGACCCGGGCAGGACAGGAGGAACCAGGGAGAAUGACUGGGUGAAGGACUGUCUCCUCCGUUAUGUGGAGUUUUUCCCCUCAGUCUCCUGCCACCUGGAGAAAAAUGUGGACAGGGCCAUUUAUGGACAGGGUCGCUUUAAGUCCUUCACCUUUCAGGAGAUGUGGCAGUGGUACAGCCUGCACAAGUGCCUUCAUGCCGACCCUCAAGCUGGCAGUGCCCAAGAGAGGAAGAUGGCAGAGGAGGCUUUCUCUUCUGUUCGCCAGUGGCUUGGAAUGAAGGAGGAGGACAUCAGCUCCAAGUCACUGAAGCGCUUCAGGAGAUUUAUUCUCGACAAAGAGAAACAGAAAGCCCCUACUGCAGCUGUACCCUCUUCGUCCUUGUCUGGUCCUGUCCCAUCUGAAACAGUGGUUCCUCCGUCGGCGUCAGGGGUUCCUCCGUCGGCGUCAGCGUCUGCUUCAGUGGCCCCUCCGACAGCAACAUCCCUGUCACCUUGGCAGGAUGAUACAUUGCUUUCAGAGGCUCUCGCCACUUUUGAAGCCACUUUUGAAGGACAAGCUGACACUGCCAUGGCCCCUCCACAGCAGCCACAGACAGACCCCGUUCCAACCACGGAGGAACCUCCAUCUGGUCCUCGUAAGAGGACGUCAAAGUCUGCGGCACUGCCACAGCCACAGCCAAUAGAAGCCACUGUCACGCAGCCUGAGGUGUCAUUUGAGGGCUGGCACAAACAGUGGGAGUCCGGCCCUCAAGGUCUCCCCAGUGCUGACGUGAAGUGGCUGAAGGAGGACGCUGACAGGGGGCUCUUUAAGAACCUCACCAUCGCUCGCAGGCAAAUUCUGAAGGAUGAUCGCAUGUGGUUCCAUCCACCGGAAAUUCCUGGAGUGGUGGUGGGGGGAGGAGUGCCCUCUGCAGACGCUUUUUUUAGAAGCCGUGUCUUCUUCUGGAGGCCUGUGGGAGUGUGGGGCUACAGCCUUCGCUGUCCCAGGUCAGGAUGCCCCGGGGGAAAAGCAGCCUUUCUGUACCGCUGUGGGUAUGGAAACACAGUGAGGCAUAUCUGUGACAUGACUGGCUGGUACAGCAUGCUCACAGAGCUCCUGGCCUGCAACGCGUGCAGGAAGGCUGCAAAGGGCUCUCAGGAGCAUUCAAUUGGUCGCUUCCUGGCGUGGGAUGCUGCUAUUUUGAAGCAGCUGACUCCAGCCCACCAAGCUGUGUUCCCUGCGAUCCUAACACCAAGACGCGGUGUGGACAAGCAAGUUGUCCGCCUGAUGAGGGAUCGGACUGAGGGCAACACCAUGGUUAAGGUGUGGAGGCAGGUCCAGGAGGGUCACUGUGAGGAGUACCUGCAGAGAAAGGACCUCUACACCACCCUUCUCUGUCAGCUCAGCAGACCUGGAAGCAUCAUGAGUGCUCUCGCCCAUAAAUACCAGAAGCCGCCGACGCGCAGGGAGCUGCCGUCGCCGAGGCUUCUGAGAAAAGCCUACCUCAUAUAUGAGGCAGAGCACAUUGAGGACUACCGGACACAAAUCAUGUCCACGUUCGGGAAAGUCCUCAAGUACGACUCCACCAGGAAGAUCUGCAAGAAGCUUUCAGGUCACGGAAGAGGCACUGCAGAGUGGUGCACCAACGUGGCCAACGAGCUGGGGCAGGUCCUCAUGUCGGUGUUCACCUGCGAGGAGUCUCUUACGUGCCUGAAGCCCAUGGCUGACGGCCUCAUGGAGCGCUACAGGAGAGCAGGAGAGGGCCCUCCUGAGCUGAUGUAUGUGGACCGUGGCUGCUGCAGGGUGCAUGGUGUCUCCUCUUUGGAGCAUCUCUUCAGCGACUGGGCCAACAGUGGAAUGCUGGUGCGGCUGGACAUCUUCCACUGGAUAAAGCGCUUCGAUGCGGCCGUCCGGACAGACCACCAUCCUAAAUAUGCACUGUUUAAGUCUGCGCUCUCUGCAGCUGUCUUCUCCUACAAUAAGGAUGACAUGGCGCUGCUCGUCCAGGCCAUGCGUGCAGGAAACACGACCAGGUAUGCCUCGCUGACUGACGCGAAGAUGAUUGAAAUCUACGUCAGCAAAGACGAUCUCCGCCACUUUGUCAGGAGGAUCACGAUGGGAGCCCAGGAGUCCUUCCUCCGUGUGCAGACAGCCAUCAACAGCCUGAAGGGAGCAGCUGGGCUGGAUGAGAACCAGGUCCCUCUGUUUAAGGACGCCGCAGCCAUCGACCGGGUCUGGGAGAACCAGCAGAAGCACCUGGAGUGCAUUCAGGAUCCCCCAGGGAGAGACAUGUACACUGUCAUGAAGGUCGUCACCCGCAACGGCGUGCGCAUGCCAUACUAUACCACCGUGAGAGGAAGCAACAGCCUGGAGGGGAUCCACUUCUUCCUGCCCCGGAUGAUCCCAGGGCCCCACUGUGCUGCCGUCCCCUUCCAGGUAUACCUCCUCAGUGGCAUCGCACGCUGGAACUCUGACCGGGAGUCAGGCAGCGUUAAAGGCCAGAAGGGCAGAAAGAAUCGAGUGUACAUGUCUCCCCUGAUAGAUCGGCUUAACAAGCGGUGCCAUGACCUGUUUGGCGAGGUGGAGGAGAUCAACUUCAGGCCUCCAGUUCCUGCUGGUGACGAGCGCAUUGGGCUGGAGUACCUCUUUGCCCAAUCUUCCCAGCCCUUCAGCGCUUCUGAGCAUUACGCUCAAACUAGAGAAACGCUUCAGACUGUGGAGGAUGAAGACGAUGAAGAGGAGGUUGCUGCCGACACAGAGGAGUCCACGGAAGAUGAUGUGGGCUACGCCACAGACGCUGAGAGCGACGACCUGGCUCCGCUGAAGAGGAAUCUGGUUCUCACGGACCAGGUGGUGGCUUCGGAGCACGACCCGUGUGUGGAGGAUGUGUGCGGCCCCAAUCAUCUCCCUGGGUACCAGCAUGUGGAAGAGCUGAGCAGCAUUCUCGUUGCAAUUGCGUUGGAGGAGGGAAAGCUUGCUCUUAGUGACUCUACACGAGAGAGAGUAGUCAGCGCCUGGAACAAGCUUGACCUCCACGACCGCAGCAUCCAACAAUUUGACAGCCUCUACUCUGCACGCUGGGGGAACGCUCUGUUUGGCCGCACCAACGGAGAUCCGGCCGAGGCCUCUUUGGUGCAGAAGCUGAAAUUUAACAAGCGCUUCUCUCCCGCCCACCUGCUUGACUCCAGGAAGAACAGGCUGAUGUACUGCAUCGUCAAACAGCUCUGGCUUCACCCGGAUUGCAGGAAAAAGGCUCGCGGCUCCCCUCUCAAGCACCAGAUCACCACACUCUACCAGCGGGUGCAACAGAGAGUGACCGUGGAUGACGCUGAACUCAGCAAACUAGGGAUUCCCAUCCUGAAAAUGAACAACAAAUCUGUUGCUGAGUUCAUAAGGAGACAGGAAGCCUUCUCAGCCACAAACGUGACGGAUCGAGGUUUGUCUAUCCUCCAGCGUCCGCAGAGCAUCACCAGCACCAGCCUACCUCCCGCUGCAGAGCUCCCGGAUGAGAGGCCGCACACCAGCCGACCUCAAGUGCAUUAUGAGGUCACUCCAUCUCUGGCUGGCACGCGGAAACGCAAAGUGCCGCAGGACAACCUCACGUCUGCACCCCAACCUCAGCAUUCGGCAGCGACAGCGACGGUCACCGAGGCAGCAGGACUCCAGCCCCAGCCCCAGCCCAUGUUCGUGUUCCUGCCACUCCGUAGACCAGCUCUUCCCCCCCAGCUGCUGCCGCCACCUGUUUUCCUGCCGCCUCCCGCACUGCCACAAGCCAGAUCUUCUCUCUACAAGAGGAAAAAAACAGAGCUGGGCGCUACACGGCCCCAGAGCCCUGUACACCAGCACACAUGCACACUUUGUGGCCAGUCCACUCAAGGACACAAUAAAUACAGAAAAAAAACAUACUGUCAGCUAUCAAAAUCAUCCACGUCCAAAGGCCUCACUGGAAAGACUUUUGUCAAUAUCACAGACUUCCGUAUGGCAGUGGACGAGCUUCUGGCCUCUCAGUCCCAGGCCCCUUAGAGCAGCGCUCGAAUGCUCUGACACUGGGCUCUUUGUAUAUAUUGUAUAUAUUAAUAGUUGACAGACAAAAUCAUUCGUUUUGUAUUAUAUUUCACUAUGCACCUUAUUUCUCACUGUUUGAAUUUUAUAUUUUAGAGGUGUUGUUACUGUUGUGCUUGUUGUGUUCUUUGUAUAUAUUUAGCAGAUGCAAUCAUUCUUUUUCCAGUUCAUGACAUAUCUUUAUGCACCUUCUUGGAAACUACUUACUUCUAAUUACUUCCUUAAUUUGCAAAUCACAAAUGUCACAACUUAUCAAAAUCUUGUUUUGUGUAUAUAUAUAUAGAUAUAGGCUAUAUGCACUCGUUACCUCUGUCACAGGCAUAAUAAUUCUCUUGCACUACGAGCUUGAUGCCUUAUACAUUGAUCUCCAGGACAAGGCUUUAUAUUCUAUAAUGUGUAUUUCAUCUUGAUCUUGGUUGUUAUUGCUGUUUUAGAUUUAUAUUUUAAGCUAAUUUUACAAUUAUUUAUGUUUUUUUACACCUGUGUUUAUAAACCUGUGACAA